CCUUAAAAACCGUCAUGCAGAAAUUUGACCCGGAGAAAUUGGAUAUGGCAUUAUUUCUUACCUUGUUUCAGCGACAAGCUAAAAAGGCACAAAUAGAUGAAGGAGAUUGGGUUACUCAACUUUUGGCAUUAUUGCCAGUUGAAAUAGCCGAAAUCAUCAUUAGGGAGCCUGAAGAAAGGGCUGAUGACUUUGAAUAUGUAAAAAAAUUGCUAUUAGAUAGGUUCAAACUAAGCCCCGAGGCAUUUAGAACAAAAUUCAUUCAACAUCAGAGGCGCCCCGGAGCGUUGUGGAAGGAUUUAAUAUUUGAAUUACGGAGUUACCUCGAAGGUUGGUUGGAGGGUGUACAAAUUACGGAUUUUGAAGCCCUGAAAAAACUUAUGCUAACAGAUCAAAUCAAAAGGCGAGUCCCCGGAGAAAUUAAAGAGGGUCUAAUAGAUUCCUGGGUGAAGUUUAUUGACCCAGAAUCUCUAGCUAACAAACUUGAUGAAUAUGAAGCCGUUAGAAAACCAUUACGCAAAAAUAUAACUCAUAAAAGUCCCAUAUAAAAAUGGAAUGAAAAACCUAGAGAAGUAGAGAAAAAUCGGCCUGAAUCUAAAGAUCAAAGAGAUAAAGAAUUAAAUUGGAGGGAUAGAAGCUAUCCAGAUUCAAGAGAAAAUAGAACUAAAUUCUU